AUGGAUAUUCAUGAAAGUUUAAGUUUGUGGGUACAUUAUGGAAGAGAUGUUACUAGAAUAACAUUUGCAUAUGUUCAAUUUUGGGAUGAUUUAAGAGGUUCGAUUAGGAAUAAUCCUGAACUUCAAAUACCUCCUAGACACCGUCUUCGACUGUACUAUUUGUCUCCAGUCUCUUCAACUACUACAACAUUGGCAUCAUCUGAUGGUCAUGGAGACCAAAAGACAGUAACAACCACUACAACCACCCAUCCUCCACCUUCUGCUAUAUUAAAUUAUGAUGAUUAUGACUUGAAUCAAGAUGCAAUUCAUUUUAAAAGAUUAAUGGAAACUGACAACAUACCAAAGAAUCUUUUAAUCUCGCAUAUUUAUGUAGAAGCUUUACCUCCAAUCCCACUUCCCAAUCCUUCAUCAAAUAUUAAUCCAGAGGAUAAAAAGUUGGAUUUGAUUAUAUCAAUUUUGAAUGAAUUAAAAGAAUCAAAUCAAAAUCAUUCAGCUAAUAAUUGUUGUUGUACAAUAUGUUGA